AUGCAGCAAUGUUUUAUUUUUCUCAUUUUCAUCGGCAUUUCAUCAAUACACUCGCAAGUGUUGUAUCAGUGUAAUUUCGAUGGGAACAAUGAGAACUGUUUUACAACAACUAUCACUGUGACUGCAAGUGCAGGAGUCAUAGGCCGCUUGGCACCGGAUAAGCCUUUAUCAGACGUUUCUUCAAGUUUGAAAUCAACAGAGAAUGGAGAAAACUGUACUCUACCUUACAGCGUCAAUGAUUAUACAUGGGAUAUGUACUUUUGUAAUAAAAAUUAUUGUCCAACAAAGAACAAUCCUAGUAGUAGAUGCAGAGAUGGUAAAUUCGGGAAUAUCUUAUUGACAAGUAAUACUAAGCGAACAUACCAGUUGAAAACAGUGGCUGGUGGAAUCGAUGGUGUUAAUGAACAAUGUUUAUUCUACUAUUAUUACAUGUCUAAUAUGACUGAGAAAGUGAUUGAAGUAAGAAAAGAAGAAGCAGAUGGUACAAGUGAAAUUAUUGAUUCCGUAACAACGAGUCCGUACAAUGGGUGGGUCAUAAGAACUAUUCAAUUCAAUGCUCGAGCAACGAACUAUAAAAUCUUCUUCGAAGUGCAGAAAACGGCAGGAUCUCAAUUACCUACUAUUGCGUUUGAUGAAAUAUCGAUUAUUCAAGGAGCUUGCGGAGGUACAGAUACUACAACGAGUUCGUCAUCAACUACGACAAGCGUAAUGGUACAGACAAGUUCAACUACUACAAUGAUCCCAGUUGAAACGACAACAAGCACUACUUUGCAGACGACUGACAGAACAACAACAACCACCACCACAACUACUCCUGAAGACACCACUGAACUAAUCACUACAACCACUACCCUCACAACAACAGCCACAACUACUACUACCACUCCAGAAGAAACUACUCAAUCAACUACCACCACAACAACAACAACAUCUACGACCACUCCUGUCGAAACGACCGAACAAACAACAACAACAACCACAACUACUACUACCACUCCGGAAGAGACUACUCAAUCAACCACCACCACCACCACAGCAACAACAUCCACGACCACUCCUGUCGAAACGACCGAACAAACAACAACCACAACUACUACUACCACUCCGGAAGAGACUACUCAGUCAACCAUCACCACAACAACAACUACAUCUACGACCACUCCUGUCGAAACUACUGAACGAACAACAACAACAACCACUACUACUACCAUCACCAGUUCGACGGAGAUUAUUGAACCAACGACAAUCACAACGACCACUAUGAAAUCUGAUACAACAUCUACUACUCCAUCGGAAACAACAAUUACUCACAUCACAUCAACGGGACCAGAAGAGGUUACUACUCAAUCACCAACUUCGACGACGACAUCAACAACGAUCAUGUCGUCCAGAACGUCAAGUUCCACUACAAGUCUGUCUCAAACGACAUCAUCAACUUCAAUGUCAACCGAGUCAUCCGAGUCAUCGUUACCAAGCAGCACAACAUCACCAAUCGAAACCGUUGUUAUCUCUUCGUACGAAACGGUUCUUCCACGUGAGAAAAGUCAUAUUAUCGUUAUGGCAACAGUGAUCUCUAUCGUGUGGAUCGCAUUUAUCAUUGCUGUUCUUUGGGCGAGAAGAUCUACUGGUGUACUCGGUGGUAUUAAUGAUCCGUUCACGGAUUCGAGCAGAAGUGGCGAAUCUUCCGGUAGCUACGAAUUGGGCACAGUUUCCGAUGCUUAG